AUGACGCCUAGGAUCGCAUCCAACUUUCUGACUGGAUCGGCGACUCUCCAGCUCGUUCGUGAUGGGCAGCUCACAGUUGCGCAGGUAGCUGAAGACCACCUGCGCCGAUAUGACGAACGAGACGCAACGAUCCACGCGUGGAAGGUCCUGGACAAGGAGCGUGUGCGACAAGAAGCAGCACGACUGGACGCAACUCCCGCAGACCAGCGCGGACCACUGCAUGGUCUCGUGCUUGGUGUCAAGGAUGUAUUCUACACGCGCGACAUGCCCACCGAAUUCGGCUCCCUCAUCUACGAGGGAAACGAGGAUCGAGUCGACGCAGCGUCCGUCGCCAUCCUCCGUCAUCUCGGCGCGUUGGUCUACGGCAAGACUCAUACGGCCGAGUUUGCGACCACCAAAGUGGGCCCACCAACGACCAACCCGUUCAAUCCCAACCAUACCCCCGGCGGCUCGUCAUCUGGGUCGGCCGCGGCGGUCGGUAGCAUCAUUCGUCCUGCGACGUUCACCGGCAUCUUUGGUUUCAAGCCAACAUGGGGGGCAGUCUCACCCCAAGGUCUCAAGUUUGGAUCCAUCUCUCUCGACACCUUGGGUGUGUUUGGGCGCUCCAUCGAAGACAUUCAGCUAGUGUCCCAAGCUCUGGGUGUUCGCGAUGAUGUUCCACCCCCACUCCGCCCCAAGCCCCUCUCAGAGUGCCGCUUUGCGUACGUCAGGACGGAUCAAUGGGAGCAAGAGGGCACAGUGCUCGAGGAGCUGCGUUAUGCGUGGGCCUCCUCGCGUCGUCGGCUAGUGCGGGCCGGCGCGCAUGUCGACGAAAUCAUACUUCCGCCAGACUUCGACUUUGCCUCUGGCCAGUACCACACAAAGGUCAUGGCUGGCGAGGGCCGCUCCAUGUUCCUCGCCGAGUACACCACUUCCAAGCCCCAACUGCACCCCAUGCUCCUGGACUGGGUCGAGCGGCGCACCAGUCCAUCGCGCAAGGAACAGGUUGCGGCAUACGACCACAUUGCGUCCCUCCGUCCAGUAAUUGACGACAUUGCGGGACGAUAUGACGCCCUCAUCGCCGCCUCGGCACCAGGCGAGGCGCCGUUUGGCAUCGAGAGCACUGGCGAUAACCGGCACUGUGGCAUGUGGACGGCUUUGCAUGUGCCGUGCGUCAAUGUUCCCGGGUUUUUCGGGCCCAAUGGGCUUCCGGUGGGCUUGACUCUCAUUGCCCCAAGGUACGAAGACGAGAGGCUGCUGUCGGUGGCAUCACAAGUGGCCAAGGUGUGGAUGGAGCCUCGACUCGGCCAACCUCCCGCCCCGGACGGUGUCGUGCACCUGUCAACUUGA